AUGGAAUCCCCCCAGCAGACACCGCCCGCGGGCGAGCACGAAGCGGCAGCCGCCGACGUUCAAAUGGAGGAAGCGCGACCGCAGUCCUCCGCCGCGCAGCCCGCGGAGACUCAGCCGGGGGAGGGGGCGCAGAGCCCACAGAGGGAGAAGGCGCUGCAAAUCGCCUCGCUGAAGGACUUCUGCUGCGCAGGCGUUGACUUCGGCGCGCAGAACAGCGUCCUCGCCAGCGCCGCCCUGGCCAUGCCGCUCGCUGUCGAUGUCGAGGGCAACGCCCUCGCGAACCGCAGUACCCCCAGCACCGAGGCAUUCGACGGAAAACUCAGACUUGUCGGCGAAGAAGCCGAGGCCCGUGCGACCUCGAACCUCAAAAACACGAUUUCACACUUACCGCUGUGGAUUCGCGUCAAAGACCAUGCCUCGCUGGAAGCCUUGAAGACGCGCUUUGCGUUCUCCGCCUUCCCCGCCGUUUCCUUCGACACUGCACGCCGCGAGCCUGUUUUCGAGGUCCUCUUUGACGACGAAACCGUUCAGGUCCCGCUCACACUGGUGGUCUCGCACUAUUUGAAGACGCUAGUGAGCUUCGCAGGGACUUCCCGUGGGCAGCCAGUCGCGACCAACGCCCUCGCUAUUGCGCUGCCCGCCUCCUUCUCGCUGGAGGACUUCCGCCUCGUCCGUGAGGCCUGCGAUCUAGCGGGAUUUUCGCGCCUCGUCGUCUCGGAGGCCAAGGACGAACUCGAGGCCGCGGAGACAGACGCGGCCGGUCCCCUCCUCCUCACGCGCGCCGACGCGCUGCUCAACUGCUGGAGCGGCAAGCACCUGCCCCAGGUCUACGCAGAGCUCCCGAGUGUACGUAUGCCCACGGGCGCGAACGGCGACGCAGUCGAGAGCGGGGCGGCGGACGAGGAGGUGAAGUUCAUCGCGCUCGUCGACGUGGGCUUCGCAGAAACAAACGUGCAGGUCGCGGAGCUUCGGCCGCGCAAGGAAGUCGCGGCCGCCGAGAUGAACGGCGAGAAGACGCACAAAAUCCAAAACGAAAUUGCGCUCAAGAGACUCGCCCUGGCCGUGGAUAAUCAACUCGGGACUGUCGACGCGAUCAAUCUCUUGGCGUCCCACGUGACGGGAGUGGUGAAGACGAAGCACGGAGAUGACGUGGUCACUCACAGCAAGCGUGCGCUUCGCCUCUUCGCAGGGUGCCAACGCGUGGUGAAGGACCUCAGCGGCCUGCCCGACACGACGCUCGCCUUGGAAGGCUUCUUACAGGACGAAGUUGACCUCACUCUGCCAGUCUCUCGGGAUCUUUUUGAGAAGCUCUGCGCGCCUCUCAAGGAGCGGCUCGCGGCGCUGGUCGCCAGCGCGUUCGCGUCGGCCGGUGUCGCGCCUGCGCAAGUCGCGGGCAUGGAUCUCGUCGGCGGCGGCUCGCGAAUUCCCUGGGUCGCGGAGACGCUCGCGGCGGCUCUGAGCCAAGGCGGAAGCGAGGAGGCCGCGCAGAGACUGCGGCGCACGCUCGACGGCAGCAGCUCCGUCGCCGUCGGAGCGGUCUUCGCGGCCGAGGGCCGGCGCUACGUCGCGCCUGUCGCGGUCGGUGGCGAACGCGCCGUCGAGGCUUCGCUGGAGGCGCUCGCGUCUCGUCUGGCGUUGACGGAGGCGCAGGAGCUCGCGCGGCGCGCCGUCCGGAACUCGAUGGAGUCGUACCUGUUUCAGAUGCAAGGCGCGCUGUGCGGACCGCAUCGAGCGCUUUUUUCAGAGGCAGACAGGACGGCGAUCACCGCGCUGCUGCGCGAAAACGAAGACUGGCUGCUGGAUCACCCCGAGGCGGCGCAGCGCGAGUUCGAGGAGAAGUUCGAGAGCCUGAAAGCCGAGCUGCAGCAGCGCUGCGCUGCGUACUUCGCCGCAGUCGAGCAGGAAAAGGCUGCCAAGGAGAAGGAGCUCGAAGAGGCCGCACGGGCCGCUGCGGUCAACGCCCAAGGCGAGGACCUUGACGUCAAACUGCCCAACAGCCAGUGCCUUAAGCGCGCAAAGAAAAACAAAGAUGAAGGGAACGAACUCUUCAAAGACGGCAACACGGAGAUGGCGGUGCAGAGGUACAUCAAGGCAGUUCAGUACACCGCGAAGCUGUUUGACCUCUCGCCGCAGGACAAGGCGGAGGCAGACGCGCUUAAGCUCGCAUGCAACCUCAACUUGGCGCAGGCCUACCUGAAGCUCUCGGCCUCCGCUGACACCAAGGUGCCCCUCACCUCCACGCAGGAGACCUUCCUGAAAAAAGCGAUCUCCUGCUGUGACGCCGCGCUUGAAACUGACGCCACCAACUUGAAGGCCGCCUACCGUCGCGCGCUUGCGAAUGAGAAGCUGCGGGACUUUGACGCCGCCAUGGCGGACGUGCAAAAGGGGUUGGCCGCGAGCCCCGCGGACGCCGACCUCCUCAAGCUGAAGGACCGUUUGGACAGACAAAUGAAGGUGCAGAAGGAGAAGGCGAAGAAGCUGUACGCGAAGAUGUUCAGCUAG